AUGUCUUCUGAUGAUAUACCUACCCUUGUUGCACUUAAUGACAACGAAAACAUCAGUAAAGUGCCAGUAACAAUUGUGACUGGCUUUUUGGGCGCUGGGAAGACCACCCUAAUAAACUAUGUAUUAACUGCAUCGCACGGGAAAAGAAUUGCAGUAAUCCUUAACGACUUUGGUGAGGGGUCAGCGGCCGAGUCCAUAACUUCACUCGAUGAGGACUCUCUGGAAUUAUGUGAACAGUGGUUAGAACUUAGAAAUGGGUGCUUGUGUUGUUCUUUAAAAGACCCCGGCGUAAAGGCAAUCGAGAACUUGAUGAAAAAGCGUGGAAAGUUUGAUUAUAUAAUGUUGGAGACCACUGGGCUAGCGGACCCAGGGCCCAUUGCUUCACUGUUUUGGAUGGAUGAAAGUUUAUGCAGCCAACUAGCCCUGGAUGGUAUCAUUACAUUAGUGGAUGCUAAGUAUUGUCUCCAAAAUUUAACAGAGCUUGACAGCUGUGAGGUCGUCAAUGCGUGUGAAAGGCAAAUUGCCCUCGCUGAUGUUCUCAUUCUUAAUAAAAUUGAUUUGGUAGAUGAAGAGGAAUCUCAUUUACUUAUUAAUCACAUAAAAAAUAUAAACGCAACUGCACGACUUCUUCAAACAUCGCAUGCAAAUACCGUCGUCGAUGACUUAAGAAGCUCCCUUAUUUCCCAGAAACCCCACCUUGACCAUACUAUAUCCACUGUUACCAUUGACGAAAGCAUUCGGCCGGACAGGAAGAAAUUUGAAGAUUUCAUAGAAAAUUUACUGUGGGAAAAAAAUAUUUGCAACGAGUCGAAUGCGGCAAUGGAUAUCAUGCGGGCAAAGGGCUUGAUUCACUUCGUCGACGACGAGACUCCAAGUUCUAUUCAAUGCGUUAAUGAGUUGUACAACAUAUUCCCUAUCGCCCCGAUGAAUGCCGAAAAGCUCGGGCCAAUCGGUGUGCGUCUGGUCUUUAUAGGUAUGCUUAACCUUCUUAAUAUGACUCUCCACAAAGUCGUCGUCGGUAUGGUGUUAGCUUUUUCAAAAAUCAUGCGCACCCAAAAGAUUGCUUCUGAGCCUUAUAUUGAACAGAUUCGUGCUCUGUCUGACGUUUAUUCAUUGCAUUUGGCGUUACAGUGA